CACACUCACACACACACACCCCUCUUUCUCUCUCUCUCUCUCUCUCUCUCUCUCCUGCCUCACACACACUACCUCCUCCCCCGGGUGUGGAUCUAUCCCGAGGCUCCGGUGUGACCGUGGAUGCGAGGCGGUGUCCUCUAGCAGAGGCGACAUGCGCGCGCUCCGGCUCCUGCUGCGGAGUCUCCACUGCGUGGGGCUCUACAUCCAACUUAGUAGCGCUCUCUCCUCAUCCUCCACCCAGGGGGAGAACCGCAUCUCCAGCAACGCCCUGUUCACAGAGGUCCCUCAUGACAUGACGGCGCACAGCGGGCAGGACGUGGAGAUGGCCUGUUCGUUUCGGGGAUCUGGCUCGACUUCUUAUUCUCUGGAGAUCCAGUGGUGGUACAUCAGGAACCACAAAGAGUGGACAGACAAGGAGACGUGGACCACCAACCAGGUGGCGCCGCAAGAGGAGAUGUCGAAGGACGCUACGAAAAUCAGUGUGGUGAAAGUAGCCGGGAGCAACAUCUCCCACAAGCUGCGUCUGUCCAGCGUGAAGCCGUCUGAUGAGGGCACGUACGAAUGCCGCGUCAUCGACUUCAGCGAUAGCCGGCCUAGGCACCACCGCGUCCGCGCCUACCUGCAGGUGGAACGGGACGGGAACGACGCCACACCGCUGCACCACCGGGGGGCAGUGGAGUCUCAAAAACACCAACCUAACGCCCACCACGGGCCCCACAAAGCCGGCAGGGAGCUCAGGAAGAGGGCUGCCGAAGACACCAACACUGACUGCACAGAGAGCUGUGCACUUUAGGGCCCUCACACACACACACACACACACACACACACACACACACACACACACUACAGUCCAACACCCUAUUCUGUUCUCCUCUAGCCUUCCUCCACAGAUCUUAAAACACACUGUAUAAAAUUGUAUAAAGCAAAACUAAAUGUUCGGUGCAUGUCGCAAAAUGUUUCUUACGACGUUCGCUCUUAUCGCUUUUUGAAACUUGAAGGACAGAAACAGACAGAACGAAUCAGACAGAGCAUGGAGCUGUCACUGUUUCAUUCUGCUUUAUUUAUUUCUAUAUUUAUGUAUGUAGUUAUUUCUUUAUUAAUUGCUUUGUUGCUUAAUACGUUCGUUGAUAGGACAGGUGGGAGGAGGCGUGUGGACACCAUUUUUACCAGAUCUUCUUCAAUAGAGCGAAUUACUUAAAUAUUUAUUAUUAUGAAAUUAUUAAUAUAGCUUUUUUCAAUGCUUUUACACGUUUUACAUUUUCUUUCCCGGUUGGCAGGAUGGAAGAAAAAAUUCUUUCAAACUUGAAAUCAGUAACACAUCAAGAUGUUAAUAAUAAUAUUAUUUAAUAAAUUACAUUUAUUAUUAUUAAAUAAUAAUAAGGCCUAGUCCACACGUACAUAAACAUUUUCUUUAAAAGGUUUUUGUUUUCUCUUUUAUUCAAAAAAAAAAAAAUCUUUGUCUGCAAGAAAAAUGCAAAACAUGCUGUUAAGAGCAACCGAACUAGCAGGCGGCGGUAUAACCCUACCCGUAAAGCUGUUUUGGCCAAUCAGAAGCCUGAAACAAGCUCUGAUAUCAACCACAGGAGAUACGGCACAGGCAGCGAACCAAAAAGUUCCUUCUUAGUGCCCUAAAACUGAAUUUGUGAGCGGACAAAAUGAAAAAUUGCAUAGAAAAACCCUUGUUAAUAAACAAGGGAGGACAAGACCCUCGUCUUGAUGAGAUGACAGAAAAAACAACAACAGUGCAUCACCUGUUCAUAUCUUUAGUUGUAUUGGCUGAGGGUAUAACAACAUAACAAAAGUACCACUCUUGGGGAUGUGCUGUUGUAGGAAAUUAAUCCACAAUCGUCGUGUGCUGUGACAUGGAGCAGAGUUCCUGCUGAGGAAUGACGGAAUGGAACAGGAUGCUGGAAAUGGUUUUCCUAAAUAAAUUAACAAACAGACAAAUAAAUAGAUUAGUUUUUUAGUGAUUCAUCGUGGAUCAACAAUAAUAAAAUGGCAACAAAUGUAGCUCUUAUAAUUCCGUCUACGCUGCUGUUAGUUUGACCUUAUUUUUAUUUCUGGCUUUGUUUGUUCUGUUGAUUAAGGAUGUAUUCUCCACACCCAUCACCUGGAAUAUUGGAGAUUCUUAUGAAUUCUAGCGCUAAAAAAACAACAACCAAACAAACACAGUUAAGUGCAGACCUGACUUGACGCUGGACCACGCACACAAACCUUUAUAUCGUGUCCUGUUUUGUUCAGCCUGUAAAUAUAACGUAGGUCAGAGGGGGCCAAAACUUUCUUCGCUGCUACUUUAUUAGUUGCACUUUUAUCCACACGACUCCUAGUCAUCCACUCCAAGGUCAAUAAAGAAGAGAUCUCAUCAUUAUUAGCUGUGGCUCAGAUGGAGCUGAUCAGGUGGAUGUGGAUGUUCAGGAUAUUGUAUUCUACACCAUUUUUCAGUUUUUUUGUUCAUGAGUUAAAUGUACAGCUAUGAUGAUAUGGCGCCUUCAUUUCUGGAUUGUAUUUUUUUUUUAUGCUUUUUAGUUUUGUAAGAAAUAAAUGUAAAAACAGUACAUGUUUGAAUAGCCUCCAAAGUGUUGGUUUCAUC